UCUAUUCUAGAUGGAUCCAAAUUUUCGAAAAGGUUUGAAUUACAGGUUAUAAAACAUCAAUUAUAUAAAAUUUCUGAAUCUUGUCUAUUUUUAAUGCAUAAUGAUAAUGCUGUCUCUAAAGUCCAACCGACAAGUGUAACAAUUUGUCAAAUGUCUACGCCAAUCGUCAUCGACCUCUCUUCAACCGAAUACUUUCUUUAUCCACCUAACGCCACCGGCGAGGUCCUUUCCCCAACCCUCACCCCAAAAAAAAUUUUUUUUUAAUUUUUUUCUGUUUCUUCGUUUCCUUUUACGAACUGAAAUAUCCUCUUGGGGACCGCCGCACCCGUGUACAAAUUCCAACCACAUGGAUCCGAAAAGUCGAGCUAAAGUGAACAGUUUUCCCCACGCAACAGUUACCGUUACCCUUCGCGCUCGCCGUCGGGAAGAAGAUGGGAACUGUGCUGGACUCCCAUUUCUUGGCCCUCACAGCCCUCGUCACUGUUGGAUAUCAGCUACUAUUCUUCAUCAUCACCGCGCUUCUUAGGUUUGACAAGGUCACCGACUUUGCUGGAAGCACAAAUUUUAUUAUACUUGGAAUACUAACUCUUGCUUUAAAAGGAGCAUGGCAUUUCCGACAGAUUGUGUUGACACUACUUGUGGUACUUUGGGGUCUUCGCUUGGGAUUAUUUUUAUUGAUGAGGAUUCUGCAGUGGGGGGAGGACCACCGUUUUGAUGAAAUGCGUGAUAAUUUGGGGAAAUUGGCAGUUUUUUGGAUAUUCCAGGCUGUAUGGGUGUGGACUGUUAGCUUGCCUCUCACAAUUGUGAAUGCUAGUGACAGAAAUCCAUCUGUCAAACCUCAAGAUAUAAUUGGUUGGAUAAUGUGGUUUGUGGGCCUAUCUGUUGAAGCAACUGCAGAUCAGCAGAAAUUGAGUUUCAAGAAUUCUCCUUCUAAUAGGGGGAAAUGGUGCAAUGUAGGACUUUGGAAAUAUUCCCGUCAUCCAAAUUACUUUGGUGAGCUUCUCUUAUGGUGGGGAAUAUUUGUAGCUUCUACUCCCGUUUUAAAAGGUGCAGAAUGGCUAGUAGUUAUUGGACCCGUAUUCCUGACUCUGUUGCUUCUUUUUGUUAGUGGCAUCCCCCUACUUGAGGAAUCAGCAGAUAAGCGUUUCAGCUCUGUCGCAGAGUACCGUUUCUACAAAAACACAACAAGCCCUCUCGUUCCAUUGCCGCCUUUGGUAUAUGGAAAACUGCCUGCAUGGUUCAAGGUAGCUUUCCUUUUUGAGUUCCCUCUCUACAGCCGAGGUUUUGCCCAUGAUGGUUGGUCAAGCUGAUGGUGCUCAAGUUUUCUUCAGAAAUCAACUGCUGUGAUGAAUACGCACUUCUCUUCUCAUCCUAUCUGCACUGUACAAAGUUUACUAGGAACAGGGUAUCAUUUCCGUCUUUCAGGUUCUGCUCUUACAAUUGACUCCAAUUGACACGUAGCGGCCGCCACAUAAACUGAGGCAUUGUAAAAUUCAUGUCAAAAUGCUGAACCUUGUUAUUUACACCGAAUAUUGCUUUACGAAAUGGAUAUGGAUAUGCGGACCAUCUUGUGUUUUGAUUCCUACAAUUUAAGCAUUAUGUUGCCACAUGACUUAUGAUUGUAUCCAGUCCACAGAAGAAGGUUUGUACUCUAACUGGAAGUGGACACAGAAACCCUUAUGA